GUUGUGGUGUGGUAUAGUAUGGCUGGCGGGGUCCAGAGAUUGGGACCCGACCGAGGGAACUCGGGACUUCCCACUGGCCCCAGGCCCUGGUGUGUGACUGGCCCUCCCGUUCCUAGAGCCCCAGCGCAAGCCGGGAUGUUCGUCCUGGUGGAGAUGGUGGACACCGUGCGGAUCCCCCCGUGGCAGUUCGAGAGGAAGCUUAACGACUCCAUUGCCGAGGAGCUGAACAAGAAGUUGGCCAACAAGGUUGUGUACAAUGUGGGACUCUGCAUCUGUCUGUUUGACAUCACCAAACUGGAGGAUGCCUAUGUGUUCCCAGGGGAUGGCGCAUCACACACCAAAGUCCAUUUUCGCUAUGUGGUCUUCCAUCCGUUCCUGGACGAGAUUCUGAUUGGGAAGAUCAAAGGCUGUAGCCCGGAGGGAGUGCACGUCUCUCUAGGGUUCUUUGAUGACAUCCUUAUCCCUCCGGAAUCGCUGCAGCAGCCGGCCAAGUUUGACGAUGCAGAGCAGGUGUGGGUGUGGGAAUAUGAGACGGAGGAAGGAGCACAUGACCUAUACAUGGACACUGGUGAGGAGAUUCGCUUCCGGGUAGUGGAUGAGAGCUUUGUGGACACGUCCCCCACGGGACCCAGCUCGGCCGAGGCUACCACUUCCAGUGAGGAGCAGCCGAAGAAGGAGGCCCCAUACACACUGGUGGGAUCUAUCAGUGAGCCGGGCCUGGGCCUCCUCUCCUGGUGGACCAGCAGCUAGACCCGGGGCUCACCGUGGACCUGCCCAUCAGCAGACCCUACCCAUCCCCAGGAGUGGUGCAGCCAGCUGUGAAGACAUCAGCCGCCAAGGCAAUGCAGAGGAGUGUGCUGCCUGGAGCUGGGUGGGGAGAGUGGCCAGGAGUGCCCACCAGCUUUUCCCCACACUGUCCUGGCCUUCUCUGCCUGGAGGUGCUGCUGAAGUCCUACUGUCCCCAGGGACUUCUGGCUUGCAGUGACAGACAGCAAAGACAUUUAAUAAACAAUGUCAGCAUCAAUAGGGGAGGGCCACCCUUGUGUAAGUAGUCAACAUCAUGAUCUAAUGUUA